UCCAACCGUGCCUCUCUCUCUCCCUUCUGCCACACUCACACUACCGUGCCUCUUCUCUACCAUGUCUCCUCCCAUGAUUUAUGGUUACAUUCCCCAACCGGACUUCCUCCUCCAACGGGCCAAAGACAAGAAUCUUACCGAAAUCGCACCUACAGAGGCCUUCGAGGAGGUGAUGGCCAUGGAGAAAGCCAUUUAUGACAUCAUCAAAGAAGCCGGUCUGAAGCGCAUCGCUCGAAUGGAUUUUGUGGACGUUGAGGGAGAUUGCAUGAUGGCAAUAGCUCUGGGCAACAAUUAUGGAGUUUCGGGCGUGCACGUGAAGGUUACUCGUGAUGGUAUUGAACGCGUCAAGAAGAUCCUUGGUACAACACACGAACCAUUUUGGCUCCGACUGGACGAGUGAGGCCUCGACUGUCUUAGACUGUGAACCACGGUAAUCGUGAUACUUGAUGUCUAUG